AUGACCACCUCGUACUUUAGCACUAUCACCAACGAAUCGGCCUUUAAGGCACACUUUCAACAGGAUCUUGGGAAAGUUUUUUCCGACGUCAAUCUCGUCGCCGCGAGUGAAUGGGGGCGUGAUCAUCUGUUCGCAUGUCGUGUAAUCCGGCGAGAGACGCAGCGCUCUGUUCUUCCGAUUUUGUCUGAGUAUACAAGGCCAUCAGAUUUGAAGUCCUCAUCCGAAAUCAUCAACUUUGUGAACGGUCCGCCGGACCCGAUGUACAUGGCUCAAAGCGAGCACCGACUCGUGCGGAAGUUUGACUACGGGAUGUCUCUUGGACAGAUCUGGGCGGCGUUGGCAAUGUUCAAAAGUGGCCAAGGGCGUCGCGGAAAAGAAAUCCUCGCCGGCUCUGAUGACGAAACGGAUGAAGGAGAAGAAAGAGCAAAGCGGCCCAGACGAAGCACCCUCCAAGAAGAUUACAUGGAUUCACGCACAAUUCAAGUUGGCUCCAGCAGUCCACAGGAGAUAAGCUCCCAAGAGACAUCUUCUGUCGGUUAUGUCGAUCCCGAAUCACACAGGCUCCUGGCCUCACCGGAAGACGAAACCUUACGGCUUGCAUCGUGCGUAAUUCGACAUAUCUUGUACUUUGGUGCCCCUCAGGAUUCUGUGGAUUUGCGAACCGUUGUCGAAUUCCGGGAUGCGAAACUAUCGAUGACGGAGGCCUCUGCUUAA